UGAAACCUAAGAAAUCUCUGAUAAAGUUUACCAAAACAGCAGCAACCCAGAUAAAUUUGGAAACAAUUUCACCAAUUUGAAUUUAAAAAAGAGUCAGUCACCGGCUAAUUGCCUCACCACCGAACUCCUCCCCCAACCUCGCUUUUCUUUUUCAAUAACUGAAGACACAGUAACUUCCCCUUCUUCACUACAUGCUCCCAACCCUCCAUUUUCUCUCGCUGUCACUACCUCAUCAGUGCCUCAAAAACACAGAGAAGGGUUGUUACUGAUCAGGUGAAAGAUGAAGCUAUCGGUGUUGCAGCAGAACUGCAACACCCGCCGGAACAACAGCUUCAGAGCAAAUGGUCCUUUGGAGACUACAGUUGACGGAUCUUUCAAAUCGCCGGCGGCUCUCUUCUGGUUAGUUCUCCAUGGGCUUUGCUGCCUUAUCAGCCUCGUAAUGGGUUUUAGAUUCUCUCGACUUAUCAUCUUCCUCCUCUUCUCCACCAACAACAAUAACUCUCCCUCCGUCACUAAUCAUCUCUACACCACAACGCGUCCGCUCCUAACAACCACCACCAAUGUCGCCGCCGAGGGUCUCACCUCACAGACUCCGCCUUCAACCCCUACGAUUCAGAAUCCUGACACCACGGCUAAUCGGACGACCGUGGGCAGCCGCGUCGUUGUUGGUCGUCAUGGGAUCCUAAUCCGUCCCUGGCCUCAUCCGGAUCCAGCUGAGGUCAUGAAAGCUCAUCUCAUUAUGGAGAGAGUUCAGAGAGAACAGCGGCUUCAGUAUGGGAUCAAGAGCCCAAGACCCUUGAUUGUUAUCACCCCUACCUAUGUCCGCACCUUCCAAACCCUCCAUCUCACGGGCUUAGUGCACUCGCUCAUGCUGGCUCCCUAUGAUCUCACCUGGAUCGUCGUUGAAGCCGGAGGAAUCACUAAUGAGACCACUUCUCUUCUUGCCAAGUCCAGUCUUCGAACCAUCCACAUCGGCUUUGACCAACGGAUGCCUAUUACUUGGGAGAAUCGCCAUCGGAUGGAGGCAAGAAUGCGGCUUCGUGCCCUGAGAGUCGUCAGGGAGCAGAGAUUGGAUGGAAUUGUGGUGUUUGCCGAUGAUAGUAAUAUGCAUAGUAUGGAGUUGUUUGAUGAGAUCCAGUCUGUGAAAUGGAUUGGUGCUGUUUCGGUUGGUAUUCUUGCUCAUUCCGGUAACCCAGAUGAGUUUUCGACUCAGAAGCAGGAUGAUGAGAACUCACCUUUGCCUAUUCAAGGCCCUGCUUGCAACUCAUCCGGAAGUCUGGUUGGUUGGCACACAUUCAAUUCUCUACCUUAUGCUGAGAAGAGUGCCACUUACAUCGGUGAUUCUGCAACAGUGCUGCCUAGGAAGCUGGAGUGGUCUGGGUUUGUUCUGAAUUCCAGGUUGUUCUGGAAGGAAGCUGAGAAUAAGCCUGAUUGGGUUAAGGAUCUAGAUACACUGGAAAGGGAUGGAGGUGACCUUGAGAGUCCAUUGUCUCUUUUGAAAGAUGCUUCUGUUGUGGAGCCUCUAGGUUCUUGUGGGCGCAAAGUUUUACUUUGGUGGCUUCGAGUUGAAGCUCGUGCAGAUAGCAAGUUCCCUCCAGGAUGGAUAAUUGAUUCUCCGUUGGAGAUUACUGUGCCUGCGAAGCAUACACCUUGGCCAGAUGCACCUCCAGAAUUCAUGUCUGGUGAAAAAGUAGGUGGCACCCAAGAGCACAUGGAGAAGCAUACCACGAAGACUGGUCGAGUUUCCAGGCCAAAACAUGGCCGUCAUAAGAAGAAGCGUGAAUCGAGGAUAACAGAUACACAGGUUUCCCAGAGGCGGAGUGCAGAAACGUGAAGCCCAUUUGUUGUAAGAUCCAAGAAACACUCACCUGAUGUUGAGACCACAGGUCUUCUGCUUCACAACAAUCAAUAGAGCAGGUGGUGUUGCUGGUAUUGGAAAGCAUUUCUUACAGUGGGUCAGUUGAUGUAGCAAAACUUCAGCUUUCCUUUCAAUUAGUUCGAAGGUUCUUUCCUUUCAUUUGGUUGAGUGUUGAUAUUCUGGUCUUUUGAAAGAGGUUGGUUGACCAACAUCCACUGCAUCCCUGUUCCAGAGUACUGUGUCAAUAUGCUUUGAAUUUUAUACAGAACUCUGAAAUAGAAAUCCUUGCGUCUGUUCAGUGCAGAAUUUUUUUUUAGAAAUUGAUACCAAAUGUAAUAAAAACAUGUUUUUUAUUUUUAUUUUAUAGAAGGUCGUUGUAAUCCUACUUUAAGCUGUACAAAACUCAUUCUGCAAGGACGAAUCAAAAUGUAGAUGUUGGAAUCCAGUAGGAAUGUAA